CCGUGCCUUCCACCCUGCCUCACCUUUUACACACAGCAAUUUAUGCUUUUAUCCUUCCUCUUCCUAUCCCAUCGUCUUCAUGUUUUCCAUGUAAAUUUAUGCAACAGCGAUCUGUUGGAUUUUCCUAUUUCCUUUCCACACUACCUUUUCCCCCCCCCUGUAUUUUUGUGUGCAAAAUCAUGUUCUCAGCGAGACUGUGGGUUUUACACUUAAUGUGCAAGUUGCCAUUUCUCUCAUUGUUUUUGUGGGAUGGAACCGGCAUUGCCUUCAAGCUGUGGAGAAUCAGUCAGAGACUCAUACCUCAGCUCACAUUUAACACCGUGUUAAAAGUACAAAGCAGAGCAAAGCUAAGAAUAGAAAGGAUAAUUAUUAUUAUAAAUAGCUUGCUGCAAGAGUAGGGAUGGUUUUGGUGCCUCGUGCUUGUCUUAUUUGAAAUGUGCAACAUUUUGCUCUUUGUGUUUUUUUGCAGUGAUAAGCCCUGGGAACAGUUACUCAGUUGCGUUCAGGAUUGAACCUGUUUUCCCCUUUUUGAUACAAGUGAAGUUCUUGUUGGUUAUUGAAACAUUUUAAGGAAAGAGUGAGAAGAGCAUUAGGGAUCGUUGUCUGUUGCUCUGGGGCUCGGGGAUGUAUUCUGGGGUGAGAGUGGAUUGUCUCUCCUCACCGAAGGGCUGCUGGUUUAUCUGGAGCAGAGGGCUCUGAUUUCCCAGGCCCAGGAUCUGGUGUUGGCGUUUGAGCCCUCAGACACAGCAUUUCUGUCAUGGAAUUGUGAGUGGGGAUGGAUAAACGUGGCUUUAUCCUGCCACGCUGCCUGGUGGGUGCCCAGCCACGUCCACAGUUUUAUCCAAUUCGCUUCACACAGAAGGGCAGUUGUUAAGAUGAGUUUUGAAAGAAAUAAAUGUGACAGUGCUGCUAUUGUUAUCUGAAUUCUCAGAUACCUCAGUCUGUGACACUGAAGGGAGAGCUUCAGCAGCUGCCAGACUGGAAUUAUCAACACAGUGUUUUCAGCAUGAUGUUCAGGCAUCUUUGCUUACCUGAACUACCAUGUUCCCCGGACGAGGCGGGAGAUCCUGGAGACCCUCAUCAAGGGGCUGCAGCGCCUGGAGUACCGGGGCUAUGACUCUGCAGGUGUGGGACUGGACGGUGGAAAUGACAAAGACUGGGAAGCCAAUGCUUGCAAAAUCCACAUUAUCAAGCAGACGGGGAAAGUGAAGGCUCUGGAUGAAGAGGUUCACAAGCAACAGGACAUGGAUCUGGACAUCGAGUUUGACGUUCACCUGGGGAUCGCCCACACGCGCUGGGCCACGCACGGGGAGCCCAACCCUGUCAACACCCACCCGCAGCGCUCCGACAAGAACAAUGAGUUCAUCGUCAUCCACAAUGGCAUCAUCACCAACUACAAGGACCUGCAGAAAUUCCUGGAGAGCAAGGGCUACGACUUCGAGUCGGAGACGGACACGGAGAGCAUCGUCAAGCUGGUCAAGUACAUGUACGACAACCGCGACAGCGACGACAUCAGCUUCUCCACGCUGGUGGAGAGAGUCAUCCAGCAGCUGGAAGGUGCUUUUGCCCUCGUGUUCAAGAGUGUUCAUUACCCUGGGCAGGCAGUUGGUACCAGGCGAGGCAGCCCCUUGCUGAUCGGCGUGCGCAGCGAGCACAAGCUCUCCACCGACCACAUCCCCAUCCUGUACCGCACAGCCGUACAAUCUAUGGAUCAUUCUUUUGAUGGAAUAUCCAUAAAAAUGGAGGAAGGGAAAGACAAGAAGGGGAGCUGCAACCUGUCCCGAGUGGACAGCACCACCUGCCUGUUCCCCGUGGAGGAGAAGGCUGUGGAAUAUUACUUUGCCUCUGAUGCCAGCGCUGUCAUCGAGCACACCAACCGUGUCAUCUUCCUGGAGGACGAUGACGUGGCGGCCGUGGUGGACGGGCGUCUGUCCAUCCACCGCGUCAAGCGCACGGCCGGCGACCACCCGGGCCGGGCUGUGCAGACCCUGCAGAUGGAGCUGCAGCAGAUCAUGAAGGGAAACUUCAGCUCCUUCAUGCAGAAGGAAAUAUUUGAACAGCCAGAAUCUGUUGUUAACACCAUGAGAGGAAGGGUCAACUUUGAUGACUACACUGUGAACCUGGGUGGGCUGAAGGAUCACAUAAAGGAGAUCCAGAGGUGUCGGCGCUUGAUCCUCAUUGCCUGUGGCACAAGUUACCACGCAGGAGUGGCAACCCGGCAGGUGCUGGAGGAGCUGACGGAGUUACCGGUGAUGGUGGAGCUGGCCAGUGACUUCCUGGACAGGAACACCCCCGUGUUCAGGGAUGAUGUCUGCUUCUUCCUCAGCCAGUCAGGGGAGACAGCAGACACCCUGAUGUGCCUUCGCUACUGCAAGGAGAGGGGAGCCCUGACCGUGGGCAUCACCAACACCGUGGGCAGCUCCAUCUCGCGCGAGACCGACUGCGGCGUGCACAUCAACGCCGGCCCCGAGAUCGGCGUGGCCAGCACCAAGGCCUACACCAGCCAGUUCGUGUCCCUGGUGAUGUUUGCCCUGAUGAUGUGUGACGACAGGAUCUCCAUGCAGGAGCGGCGCAAGGAGAUCAUGCGGGGGCUGAAGGGGCUGCCAGACUUGAUUAAAGAAGUGCUGAGCAUGGAUGAUGAGAUCCAGAAGCUGGCCACAGAGCUGUACCACCAGAAGUCCGUCCUCAUCAUGGGACGUGGCUACCACUACGCCACGUGUCUGGAGGGAGCCUUGAAAAUCAAAGAAAUCACCUACAUGCACUCGGAAGGCAUCCUGGCCGGGGAGCUGAAGCACGGCCCCCUGGCCCUGGUGGACAAGCUCAUGCCUGUGAUCAUGAUCAUCAUGAGAGACCACACCUAUGCCAAGUGCCAGAACGCUCUCCAGCAGGUCAUUGCACGCCAGGGCCGGCCUGUGGUGAUCUGUGACAAGGAGGACAUCGAGACCAUCAAGAACAACAAGAGAACAAUCAAAGUUCCCCACUCAGUGGACUGUCUGCAGGGGAUCCUGAGCGUCAUCCCCCUCCAGCUGCUGGCCUUCCACCUGGCCGUGCUCAGGGGCUAUGAUGUUGAUUUUCCAAGAAAUCUGGCCAAGUCCGUAACUGUAGAGUGAAAGAUCAUCUGACUCAUAGGGGCAAAGGGGAAUUAAAUGAAAGACUUUUUUUGGUACCAAAAUAACUCGAUUUUAAAGCCCCCUAGGUAAAUCUUAUUUUGGUAAAUUGUUGUUUGUGUAUAAGAUCACCAUAAUUCCAUUACAUUAGUGAUUGUCCAAUCGAUUCCACACGCUAUGUCAACAGCUCUGGGUUUUUUCUGAUCAGUAGACUUCCAUGGAAGAUGUUAAAAGGUUUUCCUUAAAGAUUGCUGAGUCUCCUAGGUAAGGGGCCCUCCACUUUCCUCUGAGCUGCUGUCAUUGUCUCUUACCCCUUGUGGCUCAGUCACUGACGAGAAACCUCUGAAGGAACUGGCAGUGCCCUGCCAUGCUCCCAGCAGGACACCAGGACACACAGCUGCUCCUGCUCCUGCUCCUGCAGGUAUUUCAUCAGUGAAUGAAGCUGCAGGCAAGCCUUUGGGGUGAAUUCCUGCCUCAGGUGCAGAAGGGAGUUCAGCUGAGCUCGCCAGGGCGCUGCCAGGGAGGUGCUGCUGCUGCAGAAGGGUUUGAGCUGUGCCAAAAACAGAGCAAGUGACAAUCUCAGUGCUGUGGGACCCAGCUGGGGCUGGGAGCUCUGGGCUGUGGCCAAAGGAGUGACCAGAGCUCGCUCUGAGCUGCUGCUGCUGCUGGUGUUUGGGGCUUUUUAAAACAAGUGGAAGUUUUCCUGUGCUGAGGAUUUUCCCCUUGGACUGAGGGGCACUGUGAGCACACCUGAGUGACCCAGCUGUGCACACACCUGAGUAAGGGGAUAAAAAGGCUCCUUAAAUGACAGAAAUAAAUACCUUGGUAAUGUUUCUAUAACAAGCUUGAGGAGAAUGAAAAAUGACACGGGAAAUAGAUCUUCAGAACUCAAAACCUGACUUUUUCAGUCAUCAAAGGGCAGUUGUGAUGCAUUUCCCAAUGUGAAAAGGUGAAUUUCCUCCCAUCCUGCUGGGUUUUGAAUUAGCUUUACACAGGCACUGUCAAACCAUGCCACAAGGUACAAAACAGUGCUGGUGAAUAUCCCAGGUCAUCCUCUGCCCCUGAAAAAUGGCUUUAGCAAAUGCAGUGCUUGGGGACUGCCCAGUGCCCUGUCAGCCCCAGCUCCCCUGGCACAGGGGACCACAGCAGCCCUGAGCAAGGUAUUCCCAAAUUCUGUGGCCAUUCUGCUUUGUAUAAACCCACAGGGAUUAUUUCAGUUCAGUGUCAGCUGGGGGCUGAGUUUCAUGAUGAGAAUGAGAUGCUGUGAGCCUGGAAACAGCCUCUCAGAGCCAGUGUAUGUGUUUAUCCAUCUGUCAUCUGCAGAUUUAAUUGAUGAACCCCUCGUGCUGCCAGUGUCUGUUUAAGAACAAAGUGGGAAAUGCUGCAUUUUAGUUCAGCCAGUGCUGUGUGUGAGGCCUGGGACAGCUGUGCCUCUGCCUAAACGUGACCUGCAGCCCUUCCUGCUUCACUGGAGGAUGGUGAUUGUCCUGAAGGGGAGAACGAGGCUUGUGCAAUGCUCACAGGUGGGGGACAGCUCUUCCUCCUCCUCCUCCUCCUCCUCCCGCAGCAGCUUUGCUCAGGAGCCCCUGUGCAGGGCUGGCUGCAGGCUGGGAUGUGCAGUGUCCAUCCUCUGUUCUCAGAACACAAUCCCACCUCAAACAGCCCCUCAGGGCAAUUGGGGAGUUCCCUUUUCCUGCAGCCAGCGCUGCUUUUACCCUGCCUUGCACCGAGGGCAGGGGGCAAACCCCCCCUGAGCACGAGCUGCUGCUCCAUCCAGCUCUGCUAGUGCAGGCUGUUUGUGGAAGCUGUGCACAAAGAGGACCAAAGAGCAGGAGUUAGAGAUGCCCAGCCUGGCAGUGGAGCUGCUGCUGGGUUUGUGCCGUGCCACACAAACCCUCGUUUGUAGCUGGAGGCACUGAAGGGCCAGGGGAGCCAGCCCUGCUCUGCCUGGAGUGUCAAACCCUGCCUGCUGCAGGCUGCUGCCCUCAGGGAGCCCGGGGGAUGCUGAGGGCUCAGCCUCAGAGGAUGCUCUGCAGCACACCUGGAUGAAGAAUUUCUCUGCUGAGCGUGGCAGGGAACCCGUUCAGCAUCUCGUUGUUGUUGUUGUUGUUGUUGUUGCCAUGCAGUGUGAAGUGAGAAUGUACAAAGGACUCUUUUUAGCUUUCCUUACCUCAUUUUGUCCACCUGUUGCAUUUCCAUGAACAGAUGAUGUUUCUCUUUUCCUUAGAAAACUCUUAGGAUGUCUCGUGGUAUUUAUUAACAGCCAGUCAGUCUUCUGCUCUCCCAAAUGAAUGUUUUGCUUACUGAGCCAGUGAAAUUCUCUCCUUCCUCACUGAGGUGUUGAAAAAUUCAGCUGCCCUUUCUCUAAAACUGAGCCACAGGUAAAUACAAAAUACAGAUCAAGGCCUUUGCCAUCUGCAAUAGCAGCUUCUAUUCCUGCCUGCUUUGGUUCAUUUGGUGUAACUUCCUCACCUGCAGAGGCUCAGAGGGGAGCCCUGAGCUCUUGGGGGGGUUUCUUGAAUUACCAAAUUAAAUUUAAUUACCAAAUUUAAUUACCAAAGACCCAGCUCAGCACACGUUUCUGCCCAGACAGAUUCCACACACGUGGAAACUGAGCUGCACGUGGAAUUUGCUGCAGACAGAAAGGUUUUUUUCCCCAGAUUUGUCACCAGAGCCCAUCAGUGCCUGGGCAGGGCCAUCUCCUGGGUGAGGUGGGGACACCCUGUGCUGGGUCAGGCUCAGCCCCCCGUGCCUGAGAGAGCCAAAAAUCACCCAGAGCAUUUCCCAGCCUCGUGGGCCUCAGACAGAACCCUCAGCCCAGAGCCUUGGGCCCAGCCCAGACACAGAGGGCUGCUUGAGCUGCAGAGUGAAGCCUUCAAAGGCACAAAUCAAGCCCACAGCGGAGCAGAAGUGGCCCUUUCCCUGCCCUGGCUGUCCCCAGGAGUCCCUGAUGCCACAAGCAGGGUGGCUGUGUUGGAUGGAGGCACUGAAGCAGCUUGAGUAGCACAUUGGUGUUUAGCUGUGGCUGAUUUUAGAUCCUACCUGAAUGUACCAAACUUGCCUCAAAGCAGGACCCCCUUCUCUUCACCAGAAGCAGGAAGAAGAAACAGAGGUAUUUGGGUUGAAAACACAAAAAAAAGGAAAGAAAACUAUUUGCCUUCAAUUCAGUUUCUGUAAAUAGACAUUUGAGUGGCAAACCCACAUUUCCUCCCUUGUAGAUUCUGUGCUGUAAAUAUCCAGCUGGCUUGGGUUCUGGGGACCAGACUGUACCGUGUUUCUGUCGUGUGCUGUAUGCAGAAGAUGUCUUACUUUGUCUGUUCUAUAAUUUGGGUUUUGUCUCUUUGCUUACUUUUUUUGUAUCUCACCCUUUGAAUAAAAUCAAGUGCCCUACAUGAAA